AUGAAGUACGCCGCUGUCCUCGCUCUCGCUGGCCUCGCUGCCGCUGGUGCCGUCCCCGCCCAGAACGGCACUGUCUACACCACCGAGGUCGUCACUGCCUACACCACCUACUGCCCUGAGGCUACCACCAUCACUGACGGUGACAACACCAUCACCAUCACCGAGCCCACCGUCGUCACCAUCACCCACUGCCCCGGCGGCUGCACCAUCAAGAAGCCCGUUGUCACCACUUCGGCCCCCGUCACCGCCGGUGCCGCCAAGCUCGCUGGUGCUGGUCUCGCCGCCUUCCUCGGUGCCGUCGCCUUCCUUUAA